AUGUUCAAUAUGCACAGUGAUGAAGAAGAAGAACCAUUAUUCCCUGUAGAAGAAGAGGUGACUCCUGUUGAUCCUACUAAGAUGGAGGUAAAGUAUGCUUUUAAUAACAAGAGUGCUUAUAAGAAACAUCUUAGGGGUUACUGUGUAAAACAUAAUUAUCAGUAUACGGUCUAUAAGAGUGACAAAACAAGAUUAAGAGUGAGAUGUAGGUUUAGGGAAGAGUAUGGCUGUAACUGGUUUGUAAAUGCUAGCAUAAAAAGGCAUGAGCCUACUUUUAUUGUUAGGAAGGUUAAUCUAGAACACACUUGUGUUGCGGAUCCAAAGAGUUUUAACAGAUCCACGGAUCCUGAGUUCGUAAAAGAUGUGGUACAUGAGAAGUUAAAGCAGACAGCUGGGGCCUUAAUUCCAAAGCCUAAACACAUUGCAAGAGACUUUUUUGUAACUCAUAACAUCAAUAUACCUUAUAUUUGUGCAUGGAAGGCUAGAAAUCUUCUUUUAGAAGAUCUGUUUGGUAAUUAUGAAGACAGCUACAAGGAUGUACCCAUCUUUUGUGCAAUGGUGGCUCAUACUAAUCCAGGGUCUGUUGCUAAAUACACUUAUGGGAAAAGAGAUAAGACAUUCAUGAGCAUGACUAUUUCAUUUGCUGCACCAAUGAGAGGAUUUCAGAAAGCUUGCAGGGGAGUCAUAGGUUUAGAUGCAUGCCAUCUAACUGGAAAGCGUGGUGGUGUUCUAAUGGCUGCAACAGCAAUUGAUGGUCAGAAUUCUCUGGUGCCUUUAGGCAUUAAGGUGGCUAAGAGUGAAACCAAGGAGAGCUGGACUGGGUUCCUCAAGGAUUUGGCUCCAGCAAUCAAUGCACAUCAUGCUGGCAGAAUUACCUUUAUUUCUGAUAGGCAAAAAGGGUUGUUGGAAUCUGUUCCAAAGGUUUUCCCUGGUGCAAGAGUUAGAUAUUGCUUCAGGCACUUGUACAAGAACUUCAAGAAGUACCACAAGGCACCAACCUUGCACAACUUAUUGUGGAAUGCAUGCAAAGCUUACAAAGUGAGGCAUUUUCAGGAGCACUUUGACAACAUAUGCAAAGAAAGUCCGGCUGCUGGUGAAUAUCUUAGGAAAGAAGAUCCAAGUACUUGGUCUAGGGCUUAUUUUGAUCCCAUUAGCUGUUGUGAGCAUAUGAAUAACAAUUUCUCAGAAUCAUUUAAUUCUAUGAGUUCUAAUAUGAGAGAUAAACCAAUAAUCCAACUAGGCAUGAUGUAUGGUCAGUUAGUAAUGGGUUUGUUAUUUAAGAGAAGGGAAGAAUCUGCUAAGUGGAAUCAAAAUGAUUUGGUCCCUGCUGCUGUUAAGUUGAUAAAUAAGAUGCUUGACUUGGUUGGGAAGUUUGAUACAGAAGGAAGUGUGGUUGGACAGGUUUAUUUGGUAACUAAUGUGUCUACCAAGAAAAUUUUCACAGUGAACAUUGUAGACAAACAAUGCACUUGUUUGCAAUGGCAGCUAAGGGGAUUCCCUUGUCAACAUGCUGUAUGUGCAUUGAAACUGCUCAGGCCAAACUGGAAAGAUUAUUGUGCUCCUUACUACUCUGUGGAAUAUUAUAGGACCAUAUAUGCAGAUGCUGUAAAUCCACUAGAAGACAUAAGUGAAUGGAACUGGGAAGAUAAGGCAUCCAUGGACAUCAACUUAAAGCCUCCUCCUUAUCAAAGAAAAACUGGAAGACCAGCAAAGAAGAGGAAGAGGAGCUAUGAUGAACCUGAAACUGUGGUGAAGAAAAGGAAAUGUGGAAAGUGUGGAUCUACUGCUGGUCAUAAUAAGAGAACCUGUGCUGGUGGUGAUGUUGGUAAAAACCCAACUGGAUUCAUGCCAAGCACCGAGUAUGAUGCUGCAAACUGCACCUUCACUAGUAGAGAUCAUCCUGAAAGUAGCAGUGCAAGGGGUAAAGCAAAGGUGAACAAAUCCAGAGGUACAUCUUCAUUUGUUGGUGAGUCAACAGGACCUAAAAACUUUGGAAGAGCACCAACAGAACCUAGCACCCAUGGAUCUACACAAGAUGUUCUGAAUUUCAGUCAGAACUUUACUGGUAUUGGAUCUGUUAGUCAACAUAUUCCUGUCACAAAGGGAAAGCAAAGCAAGGAAGAAGUAGAAGUUUCCUUACAUAUGGCAUUGAGAUUGAAACUUGAAUGGAUAACCCUAUUUUUUGCUGCAAUGAAAAGGUGGUCUGAUACCCAUCUAAAUGCUUCACAAUCUGUGCAGAUCAGCAUUCUUGCUUAUGCAGUGGGCAUUCUUUGUAACAGUGGGUCUCUUCUCCACAAGCACAACAACAAUUCUCUUUGGAUCUGGGGUAGUUUGCUGUCUAAAUUUGCUGCUGCUGCUGCUCUUGCUACUACUACUGCAACUGUUACUACCUGGAGAGUUUAUAACCUUUUGGCUCAUUUUUAUGUGUUGAACUUCUGA